AUGGGCUCAGUCGCCGAGGAAAGAAGACAACAAGAGAUCGCAACUGAAGAGGUCCAGGAAGAGUACACUCCAUAUCAGCCCGAAAAGGGCUAUGGCUGGGGUGAGGCUUUGCCGCAGAAGCAAGGCCUGUACGACCCUAGCCUCGAGAAAGAUGCCUGUGGUGUAGGCUUUGCUGCCAAUAUCAAAGGCAAAGCGAGCCACAAAAUCAUCAGCGAUGCACGCAAUCUCCUCUGUAACAUGACCCACAGGGGUGCUGUGGGUUCAGACGCUCGAGAUGGCGACGGCGCAGGUGUCAUGACAUCCAUCCCUCACAAAUUCUUCGUGAAGAACUUUGCCCGCGAGGUUGGCGUGGAAUUGCCUCCGCUGGGUCAAUAUGCCGCCGGCAACCUCUUCUUCAAGCCCGACACUGAGAUGCUGAAACAUGCCACCCUCAGCUUCGAGGACGCUGCUCAAUCGCUGGGCCUGCGCACCCUAGGGUGGCGAGAGGUCCCUCGAGACUCGACUUUGCUUGGACCUGCUGCCCUAUCCCGCGAGCCCAUUAUACUGCAACCUUUCGUCGUCCUCGCCUCCGCAUAUGGCACUGGCAAUACGCCCGAGAACACCGACCCCGAACAGUUUGACGAUGCAGAGUUUGAGCGAAGGCUGUACAUCCUGAGGAAGACAGUCUCACACGAUGCACGGUGGAAACCGUGGUUCUAUGUCUGCUCUUUGAGCAACAGGAACAUUGUCUAUAAAGGACAAUUAGCCCCCGUUCAGGUGUACCAGUACUUUCAUGAUCUGGUCUCAGUAGACUACGAGGGCCACUUUGCCCUGGUUCACUCUCGCUUCUCAACCAAUACAUUUCCCUCCUGGGAUCGGUCACAGCCUCUUCGAUGGCUCGCACACAAUGGUGAGAUCAACACCUUGAGAGGCAACAAGAACUGGAUGAGAGCUCGUGAAGGUGUCUUGAAGUCCGACUUGUUCGGCGAGGAAAUCGAGAAGCUCUUCCCCAUCGUCGAAGAUGGAGGCUCUGACUCUGCUGCAUUUGACAACGUUUUGGAGCUCUUGAUGAUGAAUAGGGUCCUUUCCCUGCCUGAGGCCGUAAUGAUGAUGGUUCCCGAGGCUUGGCAGGGUAACUCCGCCAUAGAUCCAGCCAAAGCAGCGUUCUAUGAGUGGGCUGCUUGCUUGAUGGAGCCAUGGGAUGGUCCUGCGCUGUUCACUUUUGCCGAUGGCCGCUACUGCGGUGCCAACCUUGACCGAAACGGUCUCAGACCAUGCCGUUACUAUGUGACCGACGACGACAGAAUCAUCUGCGCCUCUGAAGUUGGUACGAUCGCUAUCGAACCUGAACGAGUAAUCAUCAAAGGUCGGUUGCAGCCAGGGAAGAUGCUUUUGGUCGACACACAGGCUGGCCGUAUCAUCGACGAUGCCGAACUCAAAGCCACAGUUGCAAACAGGCAGCCCUUCCAACAGUGGCUGAACAAGCUCUUGAUGAAGAUGCCUGACGUUGUGGACGCCGUCUCGAAAGAGGUCGACUUAGGCUACAAACUCUCCGAUGAGAGCAUUCAAGAGGAUGCUAGACUAAAGGCUUUCGCCUAUUCCUUCGAGCAGGUCAGUCUCCUACUCGGUCCUAUGGCUGCCGACUCCAAGGAAGCGCUCGGAUCCAUGGGCAACGACGCACCUCUUGCGGCCCUUGCCCAGCAACCAAGACUCCUUUAUGAAUACUUCAGACAGCUCUUCGCCCAGGUCACCAAUCCUCCCAUUGACCCAAUCCGAGAAGCAAUUGUCAUGUCCCUCGAAUGUUACGUCGGACCUCAAGGUAACCUACUGGAGAUGGAUGAAUCCCAAUGUGGCCGACUUUUGCUUCCAUCGCCAAUCCUCGAGAUCGAGACGCUGAACGCAAUCAAGAAUAUUGAGAAAUUCAACCCAGAUUGGUCUGUAAGGACGAUUGAUAUCACAUUUGACAAGGAGGAAGGCAUUGAUGGCUACAUGAAGGCCCUCGACGACAUCUGCGAUGAAGCCACAGCUGCAAUCGAUCAAGGCGACAAGGUCAUUAUACUGUCUGAUCGGGCCAUGUCGGCGGAUAGAGUGCCUGUGUCUUCUCUCCUUGCCACAGGUUUGGUUCAUCACCACCUGAUCCGCAACAAGUGGAGGUCCAGAGUGGCCUUGCUUGUUGAAACUGCAGAAGCAAGAGAAGUGCACCAUAUGUGUGUACUAGUGGGUUAUGGUGCUGAUGGUAUUAACCCAUAUCUUGCUAUCGAAUGUAUCUUGAAGAUGAACCGCCAGGGGCUCAUCAAGAAGAAGCUAACUGAUCAGCAAAUUAUUGCCAACUACAAGGCCUCCUGCGAUGGCGGUAUCUUGAAGGUCAUGAGCAAGAUGGGCAUCUCCACUCUACAGUCCUACAAGGGCGCACAGAUCUUCGAGGCUCUCGGUAUCGAUGAUACGGUCGUUGACCGUUGUUUCGCUGGCACAGCUACUCGAGUCCGCGGCAUGACGUUCGAGCUCAUUGCCCAGGAUGCCUUUGCCUUGCACGAGAAGGGUUAUCCCUCUCGACACAUCAGAUCCAUCCCUGGUUUGGCCGAGUCUGGCGAAUAUCAUUGGCGUGACGGCGGCGAGCCGCACAUCAACGAUCCUGUCAGCAUUGCAAAUAUUCAGGAUGCAGUCAGGACAAAGAACGACAAGUCAUAUGAGGCUUACUCCCUAUCCGAGUAUGAGCAAAUCAAGCAUUGUACGCUUCGUGGUAUGCUCGACUUCGACUUUGAUCAACGUGCACCUAUUCCGAUCGACCAAGUGGAGCCUUGGACGGAAAUUGUUAGACGGUUCGUCACAGGUGCCAUGUCGUACGGUUCGAUCUCUAUGGAAGCACACUCAACUCUUGCUGUGGCUAUGAAUCGGCUGGGCGGAAAGUCCAACACUGGUGAAGGUGGUGAGGAUCCGGAGCGCAGCCUUAAGAUGGAGAACGGCGACUCUAUGCGUUCCGCCAUCAAGCAGAUCGCCUCUGGUCGUUUCGGUGUGACGUCGAACUACCUUGCCGACUCUGACGAACUCCAAAUUAAGAUGGCCCAGGGAGCCAAGCCUGGUGAGGGCGGUGAGCUUCCGGGCCACAAGGUGUCACAGUCAAUUGCGCGUACUCGACAUUCAACACCUGGUGUCGGUCUCAUCUCCCCCCCUCCCCAUCACGACAUCUACUCUAUUGAAGAUCUCAAGCAGUUGAUUUACGAUCUCAAGUGCUCCAAUCCAAGAGCGAGAGUCUCUGUCAAAUUGGUUUCUGAAGUGGGAGUCGGAAUCGUUGCUGCCGGUGUAGCAAAGGCCAAAUCUGACCACAUUUUGAUAUCUGGCCAUGACGGUGGCACCGGUGCUUCGAGGUGGACUGGUAUCAAAUAUGCCGGCCUCCCUUGGGAGCUUGGUCUUGCCGAGACCCACCAGACUCUCGUGCUGAAUGAUCUCCGAGGUCGUGUCAUCGUGCAAACCGAUGGCCAGAUUCGAACAGGCCGCGAUGUUGCAAUUGCCUGCUUACUCGGCGCUGAAGAAUGGGGCUUCGCGACGACGCCUUUGAUAGCCAUGGGCUGCAUUAUGAUGCGCAAGUGCCAUCUGAACACCUGCCCAGUUGGCAUCGCUACUCAAGAUCCUGUGCUCAGAGAGAAAUUCGGAGGCACUCCCGAGCAUGUCAUCAACUUCUUCUACUAUGUUGCAAAUGAACUCCGCGCCAUUAUGGCUCAGCUCGGUUUGAGAACAGUGAACGAAAUGGUGGGUCGAGCCGAACUCCUAAAAGUCCGCGAAGACCUUCGCACAGGCAAGACACAAAACAUCGACCUGUCCCUCAUAUUGACACCUGCCCACUCUAUCCGUCCCGGUGUAGCGACCUACAACGUCCGAAAGCAAGACCACAAAUUGCACACCCGGCUGGACAAUAAACUCAUCUCUGAAUCAGAGCUUGCCUUGGAGAAGGGGUUGCCAUGUCGAAUUGAGACUGACAUUGUCAACACCGACCGUGCACUGGGUGCGACCCUGUCCUACCAGAUCAGUAAGCGAUACGGCGAGGCCGGUCUCCCGCAGGACACUAUCCACGUCAAUAUCAGAGGUUCUGCUGGCCAAUCGUUCGGCGCAUACCUUGCGCCCGGCGUCACUCUGGAGCUGGAAGGUGAUUCGAAUGACUACGUCGGCAAAGGACUGUCGGGUGGACGCUUGAUUAUCUACCCUCCCCGCAGUGCUGUGUUCAAGGCCGAGGAGAAUAUCCUAAUCGGCAACGUCUGUCUUUACGGUGCAACAAGUGGCACCUGCUACUUCAGAGGGGUCGCUGCCGAACGGUUCGCUGUCCGCAAUUCAGGUGCCAACGCAGUCGUUGAAGGUGUUGGCGAUCACGGCUGCGAAUACAUGACAGGUGGCAGAGUUGUUGUGCUGGGAAGUACGGGUCGCAACUUCGCUGCAGGUAUGUCGGGUGGUAUUGCCUACGUCCUCGACAUGAACCAAGACUUCCACUCAAAGAUCAACAUGGAAAUGGUAGAGGUGUCCGGCGUUGAGACACCUGAAGAGAUUGCAUUCUUGCGAGGAAUGAUUGAAGACCAUCAUCACUACACUGGUUCCGAGCUGGCGGCUCGCAUCCUGCUCGAAUUUAACAGAGCCCUUCCGCGCUUCGUCAAGGUCUUACCUACCGACUACAAGAGGGUGUUGGCAGAGCAAGCAAAACAGGCUGAAGAGGCUAAGAAAGCAGAAUAUCCUUUGCCCAUCCUGCCAGGUAAUCCUGUUCGCAAUCUCCACCAGGAACAGCGCGAAAUCCGUCAUGACAAAGAAGCCAAGCAGCAGAAGGCGAACAUGUUGGACAUCGAGGAAGGUGUCAACGGAGAUGCUGACCAGGCCAAGCACAAGGCCGCUCUCGUGCUCGACAAGACGCGGGGCUUCAUGAAAUAUGCUCGCCGCGCCGAGAAGUACCGCAAUCCGAAGACCCGGGUCAAGGACUGGGCUGAGCUUAAUUCCCGCCUCAACGAGGAUGAGUUGAAGUACCAGUCAGCCAGAUGCAUGGACUGUGGUGUCCCUUUCUGUCAGUCUGAUACCGGUUGCCCAAUCUCCAAUAUCAUUCCCAAGUGGAAUGAAUUGGUCUUCCAGGAUCAAUGGAAGGAUGCUCUCAACCGUUUGUUGAUGACCAACAACUUCCCCGAGUUCACCGGUCGUGUCUGCCCCGCUCCCUGCGAAGGUGCUUGCGUACUGGGGAUCACCGAUGAUCCAGUUGGCAUCAAGUCCAUCGAAUGCGCCAUCAUCGACAAAGGGUUUGAGAUGGGCUGGAUGGUGCCCGACCCACCGCAGGAGCGUACUGGCAAGACGAUCGCUGUUAUUGGCUCUGGUCCAGCAGGCCUUGCUGCCGCCGAUCAGCUCAAUCGCGUCGGACAUACCGUCACCGUCUACGAGAAAUCUGAUCGUGUUGGUGGUCUGCUCAUGUACGGUAUUCCCAACAUGAAGCUCGACAAGAGAAUUGUGCAGCGGAGAGUUGAUUUCAUGGCAGCCGAGGGUGUCCAGUUCAAGACGGGUGUCAUGGUCGGUCCGGAUGAGGAGGUCAGUCUCGAGUCCCUCCGACGGGAACACGACGCAGUGGUCAUCUCUACUGGGGCUCAAGUUCCCCGCGACCUGAAAAUCAAGAAUCGGGAAGCCGAGGGUAUUCACUUUGCCAUGGAGUUUUUGCACGCCAAUACCAAGUCGCUUCUCGACUCUGAGCUGGGCGACGGCCACUACAUUUCCGCCAAGGACAAGCAUGUCAUUGUUAUUGGAGGUGGUGAUACCGGCAACGACUGCAUCGGUACUUCUCUGCGACACGGAGCCAAGUCCAUCACCAACUUCGAGCUCCUCCCUCAGCCACCGCCAGGGCGUGCUCGCGACAACCCCUGGCCUCAGUGGCCGAGAAUUUACCGUGUCGACUACGGCCACACCGAAGUUAAGCAACACUACGGCAAAGAUCCCCGCGAAUAUUGCGUCAUGACGAAGGACUUUGAUGUCAAGGACGGACGCAUUGUCGGCAUCAACACAAACCGGGUGGACUGGACCAAGAGCGCCACUGGUGGGUGGGACAUGAAGCCCCGAGAGGGUAGCGAGGAAUAUUUCCCGGCAGAUCUCGUCCUGCUGUCCAUGGGUUUCUUGGGUCCUGAUGACCGUCUCUUUGAAGGCCAAGUUGAGCUCGACCCGCGAAAGAACAUCAAAACACCAAAGAACAUGUUCAACACCAACCUUCCAGGCGUUUUUGCUGCGGGUGACUGUCGCCGUGGUCAGUCCCUUAUCGUUUGGGGUAUCAACGAAGGUCGCCAAUGUGCUCGGCAGGUGGACAGCUUCUUGAUGGGCGAAGGCUCUAUUCUCCCAGUGACGGGAGGCAUCAUUCAGCGUGCUCAACAUGAUGCUGUACCAACGCCCAAGGAAUCGAAGGCGCACAAGGGUCAUGACAUGGCGCACUCGGCCGAGGACUUUAAACGUGGCACUGAGAUUAAGGUCGGUGCUUGA